UAGCAUCUCAUUAAAGGAUUUACUCCUACGACAAUUCCAGCCGUUUAGUCGAGUUACACAUUGCAAACCACAGGAUGGAAGAAACUGAACAUGUUGCCCGGCGGCUUGACCGCAUGCUAAAAAACAAAAAAAUAGAUGAUGAAUCUGCGCUGAAAUACCUUAGGAGAUUGCGAAGCAUCGAGAUGACUCUGGAGAUCUUAACGAAAACCGGUGUAGGUAUAAUUAUCAACAAGAUAAGAAAGGAGUCAGAAGAUCCGGAGGUUGCUACAUUGGGGAAAAACAUGAUAAAGCAGUGGAAAAAGCUGGUCCCAGACAAAAGUGAAGCUCCUGCAUCUUGCACCAAUAGUGUUGGCAAUAACAAUAAUGACAAUGGCAACAAUAAUGACAACAAACAUUCACCUGAGUCAAAUAACUACAAUGUCUGUGACGAUGGAGGACCACAAGAAGCCAAACGGUCUCGGCCAAGUGAAAAGAAGGAAUCUACAGAACUGUCCGCAAAUGCAAGUCGUGGCUUUUUUCCUGUCCACACUUUGACUACAACAGAUCAAGUACGUUUAAAAGCCAGAGAGAUGCUUCAAUCAGCACUAGAAAGUGGCAAUAUUCCUAGCGGUGCUUAUGAAAGUGAGUUCCUAGCAAUACGAAUAGAAAGCUCCAUAUAUGAUCUUUUCAACAAUACUGAUCCCAAGUACAAACAACGAGUACGUACUAGAGUUAUGAAUCUACGCGAUUCUAAUAAUCCCAAUUUGCGACUUAAUGUCCUAAUGGGACACGUGAGUCCGGACAAACUAGCAUCGAUGACAUCAGAAGAGAUGGCUAGUAAAGAAAUGAAAGAGCUUCGUGAGAAAUAUACUAAAGAAACUAUAGAAGACCAUCAAAUGGCUGUAACUGGUGGAACGGAAACUGAUUUAUUACGAUGUGGAAAGUGUAAGCAGACCAAGUGUACAUAUAACCAGGUCCAAACUCGUAGUGCAGAUGAACCAAUGACCACUUUUGUCUAUUGUAACAAUUGCGGCCACCGUUGGAAAUUUUGCUGACAGCUCGGAAAAAUCAUUGUCCAACCACACUUAUCCACUAAUUUUCUGCUGCGAUACUUAAUUAAAUUGUUUCAAUGUGAACACUAAUACUAAAGAAGAAACUAGAGAAGAAAUGUCCAUCUUCGUUUUUGACUUUGCUCAUUCUCGAAAAUCUGUUUUUUAGGAAGAAAUAGACUGCCAUAGUUGGACAAAAAGAUGAAUUAUGUCCCAUUAUUUUUUUUCUUGCGACUUGUUGUCUUACAUUGUCUGUCCAAAUAUAUCUGACACUUGUGUGUAAAUAUUUUGCAUGUAUAUGUUGGUGUUUGCGAAUCGCUCUACAUGAAAAUGUCAGUUUUAUUACAUAAAAUCUUUAUAAUAUACUUUGGUAAAAAUGUAUAGGGAAACAGUUU